UCAGAAGUGGAAGUGAUGAAAUGGGCAUAACCCAUCUUCCACGGCUCUUCAUUUAAGUGCGCAAUUAGUGCCAUCAAUUCCCUUUUUCAAUUUCCUUGUUCCCCCAUUUCUCUGUUUUUGGCGCUUCUUCUCCAUUUCUUACCUUUUCCCCUUCUACUGUCUUGUCAUCUUCUUCCAUUUUCCCUUUCGAUUUAUAAAUUUUGGUGAAGAAAACGGAUAGAUGGAUGGUUGAUGGAUGAGUAAUAAACCCCCCUCUCUAUAUCCACAUUUACUUCGAAGACUGUGGCUGUCAUUUGUAGUUGUUGCGCCAGUUAAAUCAGACCGAAUCGCCCCCAAUUUCUCUCUCUCUCUCUCUCUCUCUCUCUCGAACCCUAGAUUUUCUUUUUGAAUUUGGGUUCUGGGUUUGCGGUGGAGAAGCUCCACGAGGUGGGAUUUUGAGCUUUUGUGGUUCUGGGAUCGAUUUGCUUUGAGUUUGAGGUGUAAUGGGGGGAGAUAAUUUGGACCCGAUUGAGGGAGGUGGCAAUGGCGGUUGUUAACCCACUUCUCAUGCAUUGCCUCCAUGGGAAAGAGCGAGGAAGAACAGCCGCUGCCGGUUGGAGUGAGCUCCUCCGAGCUUUCUGAUUGGACUGUGCAGAGUAGAUGUGGCGGCGGUGGGUGCUUUGCGAUUCGUAGACUGAUUGCUGUGAGAUGUGUCUUCUUCCUGUUACUGUCGGCGGCUGUGUUUCUUUCUGCUAUUUUUUGGCUGCCGCCGUUCCUUUCAUACGGAGAUUGGCCGGAUCAGGCGGCUGAUUCUACUUAUAGAGAUCAUGAAAUCGUAGCGUGUUUUCGUGCUCGGAAGCCAGUUCCUUUUCUGAAAAACCAUAUUUUUGAGCUUGAAGACAACAUUUUUGGAGAAAUUCCUGUUCCUUUUGUCAAGGUGGCCGUCCUCUCGCUACAAUCAUUAGGCGGAUCGAACGUAACAGAUAUCAUUUUCUCCGUAGAUCCUGAUGCCAAGUAUUCAAAAAUUCCACCAACUUCUCAAAGUUUAAUCAAGGAAACGUUUGAAACAUUGGUUAUAAACGACCCUCCUCUCAGAUUGAACGCAUCGUUAUUCGGCAAUACUUCGUUGUUCGAGGUGUUGAAAUUUCCUGGUGGGAUAACUAUUAUUCCUCCUCAGAGUGCAUUUCUUCUGCAGACAGCACAGAUCUAUUUCAAUUUUACGUUGAAUUAUUCUAUCUAUCAAAUUCAAGUGAAUUUCGACGAUCUUACCAGCCAGCUGAGGUCGGGAUUACGUCUAUCUCGUUAUGAGAAUUUAUAUGUUAGCCUAUCGAACGAACGAGGUUCGACAAUGCAGGCUCCUACUAUUGUUCAGUCGUCUGUUCUGAUGGCUAUUGGGACGAAUUCAUCGAAUCAAAGACUCAAACAGUUGGCUCAAACCAUCACGAAUUCUCAUUCGGGAAAUCUUGGCCUGAACAACACUGUUUUUGGCAAGGUCAAGCAGGUGCGUCUUUCGUCGGUCCUAAACCACUCUCUUAGUGGCGGUCAAGCACGGUCACCUUCACCUGCUCCUCUGCCUCAUUCUCACCCUCACCACCACCACCACCACCACCACCACCACCACCACCACCAUCAACACCACCAUCACCAUCACCAUCACCAUCACCACCACCACCACCACCACCACCACCACCACCAGGACGCUACAUAUUCACCGAGUCCUGGAACAGAGGAGCACAAAUAUGCACCGAAGAAUGGGAUCUCAUCAGCUCCUGAAGCUGGUUCAUCCCCAGUGGAAAGUCCAGCUUCAAAGAAACGAAACUAUGAAGCAACUCCGCCUGGUUUUCGAUACGGAUAUAAAGGGUUGUCAGCAAAAGUCAGAAAACGAUCUCAUUUAGGCUCUAUUCUGUCUCCAAGCAGUCCUCCAUCGUCGCCAUACUUACGAGUAGGCCUACCAGCACCGGUCACGGUUUCUAUAUCUGCUUCAAGUCCACUGCAAGGGGUAGCUCUAUCUAAUGUACAGCCUCCAGAAAAAGGCGACAGAAGUGCCCCUUCAGUCUUGCCACCACAAUUUUCUUUUUCUGUAGGCGUUCGUGUUCAUACAAUUCGAUGGACACUCGGGCUGUUUCUUGUUGUAUGGCAUGUAUAACCAAGGAGAUAGAACCUACAUGCGUACUUCUGGGUAACAACAGGACUCGUAAUCGAUAUCAGAGUUGUGAUAGCGAUAGCGAGACCGACGCAAAGGCGUGCUCCUGCUAGAGUUGAUAUUAAUGUAAAUAUGAGAUGAAGCAAGUUAUUAGGAGAUGCAUUUUUCCAGGUCAAAGUCACAGAGGUGGCAGGCCUUGUGUUGUUUUUCUUCUGCAGAAAAUGUAAAGUAGAGAAGAAAUCAGCAAAUGGAUCUUGUUCUCAACUUCUUAAUCAACCAAUCACAAUUUUUCACCCC